AUGUUAUCCAACAUUCAGAGUGCUCUUGGUGAAUACUUGGAGAGUGUUAAACCCGAGAAACUUGCCAAAGUUGUAGCUGCUGCAUUGGUGAAUGUCGCAAAGCAGCAGGUAGGUCUUUCUUUCUGGUGCCGAUAUGAUGAUAGUCAUUCAAUUCGCCUACGAGAGCCUGGUGCUCAAAUUUGUAAGCGGGGAUAUCGCUCUGUUCUUCUCAUUAUUGUCAAAUGUUUUCCCUUCAGUGCAGAUGAAAUGGUAGAGCUACGACAACACAUUGCUCAGAAGGCACUUGAACGCCAUGAAAAGGUGGAAGAUGUUGCACAUAUCACCGAUGGAAAAGCGAUGAGUGAGGAUGCGCUGCGUGGAGAUUUGGAUCUAAACACAAGGCAAUGGUCUGGAUUGUUCUCUUCCAUUAUCGGAAGCCAGAGGAUUAUCUUCGACGGUGAUGUUGGUACGGAAUGGGUAGAGGAUUUGAACUUAGUAGCUGAUGAUAAUAAACUGCUUAUGUUGCCUAAUGGAGAACGUCUCCUUAUUACACCUAAGGUACGGAUCAUUUCCGAAGUUGCUGAUCUGAAGAACGUCUCUCUUGGCACAUUUUCCGGUGUGGAUUAG